UAUAGCCAAAGCUGCAACCUCAAAGGAUAAGCGAGAGAGGGAGAGGGAGAGGGAGAGGGGGGGAGAGAGAGAGAGAGAGAGAGAAUGGGACAGGAAGGCACAGUAACAGUAGAAGCGAGAGAGCAAGAGGGGGAGGAGGAGGUUGACUCAGUUGAGACAUGGAACCAGAGGAAGCAGGCCCAGAUACUGCAACUCUCCGAGAAGCUCAACCAUGGGGAUCUCGAGUCCCAGAUAGAAGCAGCCAGAGAUAUCAGAAAGCUGGUCAGAAAAUCUUCUUCUUCAUCAUCAUCAUCAUCGUCGUCGUCGUCGUCGUCGUCUUCGAUGAAGACUCGCUCAAGAUUGGCAGCAGCGGGUGUGAUUCAGCCCCUUGUUUUCAUGCUCGUCUCUCCCAGUCUGGAUGCUCGGGAAGCCUCUCUCCUCGCCCUCCUCAACAUCGCUGUACGGAACGAACGAAACAAGGUCAAGAUAGCCACAGCUGGUGCCAUCCCUCCUCUAGUGGAGCUCCUCAAGUUUCGAAACAGCAGCAUUAGGGAAUUAGCCACUGCUGCAAUCUUAACACUCUCAGCUGCUGCACCAAACAAGCCCACUAUUGUAGCUUCUGGAGCUGCACCUCUCCUGGUUCAAAUCCUCUGUUCUGGAAGCGUUCAAGGAAAAGUUGAUGCUGUUACAGCCCUACACAAUCUCUCCACCUGCACGGAGGAGGACUACUCUGCGAUUCUUGAUCCAAGAGCAGUUCCACCUCUCAUAAACCUCCUUAAAGAGUGCAAGAAGUAUUCCAAAUUUGCUGAAAAAACUACAGCCCUACUUGAAAUCCUUUCCAAGUCUGAAGAAGGACGAAUUGCAAUCUCAAAUUCUGAUGGUGGGAUUUUGACACUUGUAGAGACGGUUGAAGAUGGAUCUCUUGUCAGCACAGAACAUGCAGUUGGAGCUUUACUCUCUUUGUGCCAAAGCUGCCGAGAUAAAUACCGGGAACUCAUUCUUAAUGAAGGGGCAAUCCCAGGCCUUCUGCGACUGACUGUAGAGGGCACAGCUGAAGCUCGGGAGAGAGCCCAUACACUUUUGGAUUUGCUUAGAGAUUCUCCCCAGGAAAAGAGAUUAGCUUCCUCAGUUUUGGAGAGAAUUGUUUAUGACAUUGCUGCACGGGUUGAUGGAGCAGAUAAAGCUGCUGAAACUUGCAAGAGGUUACUGCAAGACAUGGUUCAAAGAAGUAUGGAGCAUAGCUUGAGCUGCAUCCAGCAUAGGGCUGCAUCUUGUACAUCGUCGGAUAUUCCAUCUGCAUAAUAAAACCUUUUCUUUUUUUGGGUUCAAGAAGGUAGUUUAGUAGAAAGUGGGCUAAGAGUUUUAAUCUGAAUCUGUUUUGUUUGGCCUGUUAAAGCUCUUGUACCCAGCAAGAUCAUUAUUGAAACAAGUGGAAUAGCUAGAGUCAAAAUGAAACAGAUUUUACUGGAGUUGGUUUUCUCAGGGGUGACAUCAUGGGUAUGUUGUAUAUCUGGACUUUGAUCAUGUAUAUAUAUAUAGAAAUCACUCUGUGCCAUUUUACA